AUGCAAGUUGAAUUCAGAAUCAUGAAAAGAGAAUAUUAGCUUCCUGAUCAGUAGCAGCCAUAACCCAUGCAAAUUUCGAAUUAACAAAAAGAAAUAUAUGAUAUAUUUGAAUAUUAUUUUAAGAGAAAAACAAUAGAAAAUUGCUUAUAUAGUUUAUUUGGUCAAUGUUUAGAAUGUUAAACUUUUUAUAAACCAUCGUUAAAUAAGAAUUAGUGCAUUCUGAAAUGUGAUGAUGGAAUUGUUAUUGAGAAUGAAAUUUGUGAUGAUUAAAAUAAUAUUCAAUAUGACGAUUGCUAUAAGUGCUAAUUAAGUUGCUAAUUAGAAUGUAAUUAUUGCAUCCAAAAAUAAUGCUAUUCUUGUAUUGAUGGUUGGUAACUGAUAGAUUAAAAAAUGUUAUCAAAUUUGUGGGAUGGUUUAUUAGCCAUCUCUUCAUUAGAGCAGUGUGAUGAUGGAAAUUAUCAACCUUAGGAUGGAUGGUAUAAUUGCAAAUUAGAAUUCAAUUCAUACUGUUUCUAAUGCGAUAGUACAAAUACUUGUUUAUUAUGUGUAGAAAACCUUGAAUAGAAUGAAAAAAUUAAUGUAAAUCAAUAUGUGGAGAUGAAAUUAUUAUAUAAGGAUGAGAAGAGUGUGAAUACAAAAAUGAUAUUCAAUUUUAUGGAUGUUAUUAAUGUCACUUUUAAUGCACUUAAAAUUGUAUGAAAUGCGUAAAAGGUGUGUGCUAGGAAUGUGAUGAAGGAUAUAAUUUAAUUAAAAAAGAAUGUCAAAAAUUAGUAAUCGAUGAUUUUGAUGAAAAUAAUGAAAUCGUUGUAAUCAAUAUGUAGAAAAAUGUGGAGAUGGAAAUUAAUAAAUUUAGAGGAAUUUGAUGAUGGAAAUUACUAUAACGGUAAUGGAUGUUCCAGCUAUUGCAUUAUAGAAGAAAAUUGGAAAUGUAAUAAAGAUUCACCUAAUUCCUGUUUUUUAUAAACUAAUAUUCCUUAAAAUGUUAAAAUCAAACAUUUGAACAUCAAUUUGUUUUACUAAAGUUCUAAUGAAGCGAAAUUGGUUUCGAAUUUAAAUUUUACUCAAUCAAUUUAAAUUAAUAUCAAUAUCAAAUAACAAUUAACUCUGUAUGAUUUCUCUCGGUAAUAUUAUUAUAGUGGAUAUUAAUUCAACUUAUUUUACUAUGGCUUUGUUCGAGUUUGAUAUUGUCAUGUUUGAAUAAAUGUCAAUAGAACCAUAAUUUUUCCAUUUCCUUGCACUCAUCUUUAGUUGAUAAUAACAAUAUGCCAGUUAAUCUCCCAUCAUAAUCAUUAUUCCUUAAAACACCUAAAAUUAUCAAUUAAAAUUAAAUUAAUAAUAUUGCAAAUAAGUUCCAAAAUCUUGGAAAUAUUUUAAUUAUAGGCUUAGGAGCUAUUAGCAUACUGAUGUUAUUGUUCAAAUAACCAUUACCAUGUUUUGAAAUAUUUGACCUUUUACAAUUUUAAUCAUAUUUGAAAUUUUUAAAUGUUAAUUACCCUUUAAAUCUAUAGAUUUAUUUCAAUCUUCAGAAAUUGUAACAGUUAUCCCAAUUUUAAUAUACUUUAUAGAAACAGAUCUUCUUAAUAAUCUAAUUACUGAGAACUUCAUUCCAAGUAUAGGUAAGUUUUAAGAAUAUCAAAUAAAUGCUGACUUACAUUUAAAUAUUUAGAGUUAACUCUCUUAAAUUGCCUUCAUUGGUUUGUUGUACUUAUUUUUAUAAAUUUAUCCAAAAAUCUUGA